CCUAACAUUAUUACCGAGUAUCGUUUGUUGAUAACCGAGCCGACAGAGCUGCCUUGUCAUAUUUCAGGUCAGCUAGCCAACUUUUAAGUUAUUUGUUAGCUUUCAAGUUAGCCAACUCUCCACAGAGACAAGAGAAAAUGCCAGCCAGGAAGACUUGCAUCAAGAAAAACCAGGAGAACGUCGUCCAGUGGACUAGUUUAUUCCUGAACGACCUGAAGACCGAACAGGAGUCCCUGGUGUUCGUCAAAAGGAUGAUGGCGCUGGCUGUCUCCUCCAUCACCUACCUCAGAGGGAUUUUCCCAGAGGACGCCUACAGAUCACUGUACCUAGAAGACUUAUGCGCCAAAGUUUUACGAGAGGACUGCAGCACACUAGGUGCCUGCAAAACUGUGAAAUGGAUGAUGGGCUGCUUUGAGGCAUUAGAGAAGCGAUAUCUCCAGCUUGUGUUAAUUGGGGUCUACACCAAUCCAGAUGACCCAAAUAGCAUUAUUGAGUCCUACCAGUUCAAAUUGAAAUACAAAGAUAAAGGACCAGAGAUGGACAUAUUCAGGAACGAGAAUGCAGAGAUGCGGGUGACAAUAGAGGACACCAAGAAGGCCUCAGUGCUCCUCAUCAGGAAGCUCUUCCUGCUGAUGCAGAACCUGGAUGCCCUUCCCAGCCAGGUCCACCUCACCAUGAGGCUCUACUACUAUGAUGACAUCACACCUGCUGAUUAUCAGCCACCAGGCUUCAAGGAGGGUGAAUGCAGCAGCCUGUGGUUUGAGGGCAUGGCUGUGCACUUCAGGGUAGGUGAGGUGCAGACGGCCUUCCACACCCUCAAAGUACGUGUGGCAGCUGAACAAAGACGGCUGGACAAGCUUCAGGAAGGAGAACACGUGAAGGAGAACAAGCAGGAAUCUGAAAAAUCUGGCCUGCCAGCGGAUCCUCAUGAGAAGAAUAUGGACAAAGAUGACCUACCUUCUGAAGACGAGUCUGCACAAUUCAAGAAGCCCCAAAGGCCUGUGGCAAAGAGAAUAGGUGUUGCCAAAAACCUGGCUAAGAAGAAAAGAAGAAUUUAAUCAGCACAUCCCACUAAAUCACACAACAACACAAAGAUGAAUUAAGUU